AUGACACAUUGGAUUAAAAAAACGAGCAAUGUGGAAAAUGAAGAACGCUCCGAAGAUGGCGAUUCGUCUACUGGAGCACCUGGAACAUCAACACAGAAUAUUCAAGAAACGGGAAUUGUCACAAUGAAUGGACAACUUGCACCGAAAAUUGAUAAUCCAAUUGAUUUUAAAAAUAUCGAUCUCUCGCAGAAUUAUCGAGCAGAGCUAAGUGAAUUCGAUAAUUUUGAGGAUAUCAAUGAAGUGGGUGAUCUUUUCGAUGAAGUUGAAGAUUACUAUUCACAAAAAAUGAUGGUAGUUCCAGAAGAGUUCCAACCAUGGGAGUAAGUUCUAGUUGAAUUUUUGAAUGAUUUGUUUUCUAAUUUUUAGCAAUAAUAUCGAAACAAGUGAAUUGGAUGAACGAUUGAAGACAAAUCUUGUGAAAGGAAUGAAGUUUGGCAAAUUGAACGCGUUGCAAAUUCAUAGUAUCCCAAUGAUUCUUUCCGGCAAACCGUUAAUCGUUCAAGCGCCAACAGGAAUCGGAAAAACUGCAGCAUUUCUGAUACCUGCGAUUCAAAAAGUCAUCGAUAUCAAAACGUAAUUUUAUUAUGAAUAUUUAACGAACCUGAUUCGAUUUUUCAGUUCAAACCGGGCGAAAUAUUCAGUUCCAACUCCAUAUGUUUUAAUUCUCAAUAACACUAAACAUUUGGCUGAUCAAACAUACGAUAGAUCACUUUUGAUGGUUGGAAUGAUGCCAAAUGAUCAAUGUCGAAAUAUUGAUGAAGUCUAUAUUGAUUCGUAUACUGCGGGAAGAAAAAAUCAAAUGAAACUGAAUUGUGAUAUUGCAGUGGCCACGAUGGGUGCUCUACAAGAUAAAUUGAGCAAUAAGCAGGUGAAUACAAAGAUUUAUGAGAUUUGAAAUGAGACAAUUUUAGCGUGACCCACACUUGGCGAGAGAGUGUCCCAAAAUUUUUGUGCAGCGUGAAAAUUUUUUCAAAAAUUAAAAUUGUGCAGCGUGAAAUUUUGAAUAUUUUCAUCGAAAUCCGCUGAAAAUCAAUGAACACUUCCUUUUUUUGUGAAAAAAUGGGCAGUGAAAUGAAAAAAAAUUUGAAAAUUUUUAUUAGCUUCCCGCCCGAAUCGAAAUUUUGGUUUGGGCGGGAAUUUUUAUUUGAAAAUUUUUGUACAGUAUCCUUUUUAGACACGUCUCGUUAGGCGUGGCGUGACCUCAGUAAUCGAAAUUUGAAUUUCAUUCUGAAAUAUGAAAUAUGAAAUAUUAUUUCGGAUUUUUUGGGACUCUGUCUCACGAAAGAAUGAAUCAAAAAUACAGACACUUAGCCAUGCACCUUUAAAAUGUAUCAAAUGUUUCAAAAUACAAAUAAUUUUCAAGAUUUCUCUGUCACGUCUAAAAUUGCUGAUAAUCGAUGAAGCUGACAAAAUGACAUCAAGAGAUGCAUUUGGAUGUGAAGUAGAGACGAUUUAUGAUAAUUUGGAUGACGAAGUUAAAGAGGAUUUGCAAGUUUGUUUUUUCUCAGCUACUUAUGCCGAUGAUGAAUUGGGAAAGGAUGAUGAUUUGAUUUUAAAACUUAUAAGGUGAAUUUUCCUUUUUAUUAUUUUCCAUCAAUUAUUCAUCAAAACUAUUCAGAAAUUAUGAAGAAACAAGUAAGAUUUGGAUUCCAGCAAUGCCUGGACAUAUUACACAAAAAGUGAUUACAAUCAAUACUGGUUAUGAUUCGUUUGAUUAUAUUCAAAAAUUGAAUCAGGUCAUGAAAGCAAUUGAUUUGGAUUUGAAAAGAACUGGAUGUUCGAAAGAAGGACCUUAUGAAGAAACGAUUGGAGUAUUUGUAGAAACUUGUGGAAAAGUAAAUAUGGUUGCUUAUGCUCUUCAAGCUGCUGGCUAUAAUUUUUGGCCAGUUAGCAGUAAAAUUGACAAAGCACAACAGAGAAUCAAUGUGAACAAGUUGAAGACUAAGAAGAUUCAGGGAAUUGUCACCACAAAUAUUUUGGCCAGAGGAACUGAUAUUUCAUCCAUUAGACAUGUUAGUUUUUUAAAAUACCCUAAACAUUGAAUUGAGUUUUGACCCACGUUUUUUUAAACUAUUGAAAUUUUGAAAUGUAUCUUUUUAUGCCAUAAGAGUUCAGAACAUUUUGAUUUUUAGUCAGAACUCCACGUGGAAAAGUUUUUUCUGGAAAUUUCUCCUAGUUUUUUUUUGUGAAAAAUGAGUUUUUUCUCAAAAUUUUCGAAUUUCUCACUUUCAAAACUCAAAUAAUAGAUUAUUUAUAAUACAUAAAAACCUCUCGAUUUUUCAGAUUAUUGUGAUGGAAAUGUCAACUGAUUUCCAUACUUAUCGUCAUCGAAUCGGUCGAACUGGUCGAGCUGGACACGGAGGAAAUGCUACUGUUCUUCUCAACCCAAAUCAUUAUCGUCGUCAAGAUCAACUGGUUGUGAUCAAUUUGGUGGAGGUAACUAAAAAUCACAAUUUUUCGAAAAGUAGCUACAGGGUGCGCCAUAAAUACCCGGACAGCUAUAAUACAAUAUAUUUUUCCAAAAUAGAAAAGUUUUUUGUGUAUGGUUUUAAAAAUACUUAAUUAGGUCCCUAACGAGUAAAUUAAAAUCAAACUCUCUUAACUUGGUCAAUUCUACGAGUCGGGAGAACAUGUAGAACUUCAGGGAAAAUUUCAUCACGGCACGCAGAACAAUGAAAAAGUGGUCUCGCUAUUUUUGGAUGAAAUUAUUUUUAUUGCGAAGGCUUUAUUUGAGUUGUAAAAUGUUUGAGGGGUUGUCAGAGAGUCCCAAGAAGCCAAGAACAAAUAUAACAUUGUCCACCAUGUCUCACACCAAGUUUGGGUGGAGAUUUCAGGAACAGUCUGCUUCAUUGGGAGAAAUCAUUGAUCUCCAUUGAUUUUGGGGUCAAAAUUGGGAGCAAAGUUGAAAUAAAUGUAUUUCUGGACUAACAUAUGUACCUAAGAAUGAAAAUCAACCUCGAUAACAAACAUCAAGUGCUCCAGCCAAUCACAGUACACAAUAAAAGAUAAAAUCUCCCAAAAUCGCUGUUGAGAAACAAUUUUUUCGAUUUGAGCAACGUUUUUUAAAUUGAUGUUACUUUUGUCAGAAACGAACCCAUUGCAUAAUUCCUUUCAAAUUAGUUAUCGGAAAGGUUCUAGGUAAACCUCCAAUCAUGUAUUUAGACUAUACAGAACCUAGUUUUCAAGUAUUGGGACAAUAUGUCCGACAAAUGGCAGCGUGCCAAGAUGAAAUUUUCCCCAAAGUUCUACAAGAUUUCCCAACUCGUAGAAUCGACCAAAUUAAGAGAGAAUGAUUUUAAUUUACUCGUUAGGGGCCUAAUUAAGUAUUUUUAAAACCAUACACAAAAAACUGUUCUAUUUUGGAAAAAUAUAUUGAAUAAAUAGCUGUCCGGGUAUUUAUGGCGCACCCUGUAUUUUCUUUCAGUUUUUGCAUGAAAAUGAACAAAACAUUCCCGAGUGGAUGGCAAUAUUCUUCAACAGUUGGCAGGAGCAGAUGAAAAAUGCGUGUUAA